UGACUUGGUGUCGCCGGAUGAUGACGUCCUGUAGGACUCUCUGAUCGCCAUGGCAGCUCAUGCUAGCGAGCUGGAGAUUGCAAAGAAAAAUUUAACGGAUGCAAUUGGCGAUAAUGUAAAGCACUACUGGGCAAACCUGAAGUUAUGGUUCAAACAAAAGAUCAGCAAAGAGGAGUUUGACAUCGAGGCACGUCGGCUGUUGGCACAGGAGAAUGUCCAUGUCCACAAUGAUUUCCUCCUGGCCAUUCUGACUCGCUGCCAGAUCAUUGUCUCCACACCAGAUGGCGCCGGGCCGUUACAGUGGCAAGGUGGCUCUGCUUCAAAGCCUGGAAAACCAAAAGGGAAGAAGAAAUGUUCCUCGAGACAGAAAUUUGAUCAUCGUUUCCAGCCACAGAACCCUCUGAGCGCCGCCCAGCCUUUCAGCCCGAGGGAGGUGGGAGGUGAGGAGGAGGAGCUGCGUCUCAGUGCCCACACGCUGCUGCUGCCCACCAGGGGCCAGCUGGAGGCUCGCAUGAUGGUGACGGCCUUUGAGCUCGGCCUGGACAACAUCACAGAAGACACUGUCGGCAGCAUGAUCUACGCUGUUGAGCACCACUUGAAAGACGUCCUGACGGCUGUCAUCACCCGGAGGAAGGCGUACAGGUUGCGAGAUGGACACUUCCUCUACGCUUUUGGCAGUGAUGUCACACCGCAGCCUUAUCUGAAAAACAGCCUUGCUGCUUACCACAGUGUUACUGAAUGUCCCCCUCCCAGUGCUUCUCUCCCUGCAGGCCCACCACCUCAAGUGUCACCGGACGAGGCGGAGCAACAAGCUGUUCACUUACUGGCUUGUUCUGCUGACAGUCUCCCUGCACCGCUCCCUCCAAUCAGCAUGUUUGAUCUCCUGGAGGCUUUACAGGUUCACCACGGUGUGAUGCCCUCCCACACUAUGUACGCCCUGAACAUGGAGCGCAUCCUGUCCCGGCUCUGGCACCCCAGCCACGAAGAACUAGAGCAGGACCACGUACACCGGCAGCGCCUCGCCGCCAAGGAGGGCGUGCUCGCCAGUUGAGAACCACUGAUGCAGGACUGUAUGUGAAUGAACUGCGGAUAUGAUCAGGAACCAAACAAAACAUAAUCCCCACAUGGAAAUGGAAGAGGGGGGACUGAAUACAGUUUUAUAAUACGUUCAAAAUAACAUGUUGCAGAGAGAGAUAAAGCAUGAGUGGAGCAAGAUGAAACCAAAUGAUUGAAACCACCAAUAGCUGGCAAAUUGUUUUCAUCUGUCCAACUGGCCGUUAUGGCAGUCAACCAACCAUCAUUUGGAAGUUCUGUUGUAGAGAGAGAAAUGGAUUUGGUAGCAAAAUAUGGAAAGUAUUCAGUUUUAGGAUAAACAGGCAGCUACUGGACAGGAAAAUAAGGUUCUUAUCAGGCCAGGUGGGAGUUGUCAGAUAUGUACCACACCUGUUAAAAUAUGUCCUAAGAACACAGAACAGUCAGUAUCUAAUCCGGCAGCAUUGUGUACAUGACCAGGUCACAACAUACAGAAACAUAUAGAACAGUCUCAAAGGCCCUUUACAUUACACACUGGUGUUUUCUCUUAAUCUGGCUUGCAUGGACCUCAUGUCAGGUUGAAUUUAGGGGCAGCGUUAUGAUGAGUAAGGCCGUCUGACUCGACACACAAAUAAGAAUGAUAAGGAUCAAAGUUGUUCUGCCUUAAAGGGACAGUUCACCCGAAAUCAGAAGCACAUUUUUCCUCGUGCCUGUAGUGCUACUUAUUAAUCUAAAUUGUUUUGGUGUGAGUUGUUGAGUGUUGGAGAUAUUUUUUUUUUCUUCAGAUUUUUCUCCUGUAUUGCACAAAGCAAUAAGGGGAAAAUAAGACAAUUAUAAGUGGGAUUCAUGUUGUGCACUGACAGCAAAGUCUGCUCUUAACCACCUGAGUAUGUUCAUGAAUCGCGUUUGAUCUUAAAUGUGCCGUUCACGCCAGGCAUUAACAUAAAGUAACGCUCCGAUAAUGCCAUAUAAAGGCAGCAGAAAUUAAUAAAUGAAUGCUAAACUGAGAUAAUAAGGAAAGAGAAAGGGAAAUGCCACCGAAUGGAAAGAAAAACUUUUCUUCUGCAGAAAAGGGAACUUAUUGACGUUUCGUUAAGAAGAAACUUUUCAGCAUAUGUCAUCUCAUCCACUUCCACUUUACCUUGAGUGCAGGCGUUGGGGCAUUUCACAGUUUAACAAAACAUGAUCUGUGUACAUUAUAGAGAAAUGAGUUUCUGCCAGUUUACAAUGCCACAUCUGUGGCCAGGUCCCAUGAAACCAUUUCCCAAAAUUGCGCAGAACUCCAUUAAUAUUUUUGCACACUUACUCCAGGUGGGAAAAAAGCUUGACACUUACCUUUUAAUAUAUUGUUGGUUUUCUGGUCAAAGGAUGGUAAGUCAUAACACUGCAUGCAUGAGGCCCAUUAUUGAGUUUUUGCAAAAAAAAAUGUUGUAAGCGCUUUGAGCAUCACAAGCCGAGAGCCAAACAUUUCAUUAUAUUCAAGAGAAGACAGACAUCUCCAAUAUCUGGCAACUCACACCAAAACAAUCUAGAUCAGUGGUAGGAAACCUGCAGCUCUGGAGCCACAUGUGACUCUUCAGGCCGUCUACAGCAGCUCCCUGUGGCUUUGACCAAAAAAUAUAAUAAAUAUUUAUACAAAAUAAUAAGUUAUUUAUUUCCAUUUUCAUUUUAAUUCAUCAUUGGUGUAGGCCCAAAUCAAUUUGUAUUCCUCAAUUGUAAAAUUGUGUGUGGUUUAUAAAUGGCAGUAAAACAAACAUUUUUGUCAACUAAAAUGUGCACCAUAGCUUAUGAAAGUCUACGAUCGGCACCUUUACCUCAAAAUUUUGUCAAAUCCAAGUAUUGUUUUGAGUUUCCUGAGAUAUUUCUCAGGAUUCUAGCUUCUUAUUUGCACUUGGGUCCUCACUGCAUUCUGACAGCCAUGUUAAUAACUGCUCAUUGUGACCUGUUAGUAAUGUUGGUAGGCUUAUUAGGCUGAAAUUAAGGCUGUUUUAUCUUCAUUGUAAGUCUCAAUAUUGUAACUCCAUUCUGAGAUUUUUUCUCUUAUUUUGGCCAACAGUGGCUCUUUUGUUAGUAAAAGUUGCCGACCUCUGAUCUAGAUCGAUAAAAAUCACUAGAGAUAAGAUACAAAUUAGGCAAAUGGAAUUUUCCUUUUAUCUGAUGCAACAGAAUGUCAAUCAGGCACUGUCGGCACAGGAUCCUGAGAGGUCCCAUCAAGCAAUAAGUAAAAAACACCUGCGUGGCUUUACUGUGGGUGUGGAGGGUCUUUAAACCGUGCCAGACAGCUGUCAGCCCCCCCUCUCAUGAACAUACCUUGAAAUUGUCUCUGAAGUAUUCCUAAAACAUUUACUGGUGUCUGGUUUAAAGGCCAGCGAGCAUCCAUCAGUGUUGGUGGUCCACAAUGUGUGUACAGAUUAAUCUAAUGUUUUUUAUUUCUCAGUGCACCUUUGUGUGCAGCAUUUAGUUUGAGUUGAAAUGUGUAUACAUUUGUACCUUUUUUCUACACAAACCUUGUUUUGUAAUUUAUAUUACAGGUAGUAGUUCAGAAAAUAAAUUUAAAAAAUCA